AUGCAGCUCCUCACCCUCCUAGCGCUCGCAAGCGCCGUCCAAGCGCACUACCGCUUCUCCAAGCUCGUAAUAAACGGCGUCCAAGAAGCGAGCGAAUGGACCUCCAUCCGCAUGACCAAGAACUACCAGAGCAACGGCGGGGUAACCAGCGUGUCGAGCGCCGACAUGCGGUGCUACCAGGCCUCGCCGGGCAAAGCCACGGCCACCGUCGCCGCCGGCUCCGUGCUCGGCUUCGCCGCCAACGCGGCCGUGACGCACUUCGGGCCCGUCCAGUUCUACAUGGCGCGGGUCCCCGACGGCGCCGACAUCAACACCUGGGAGCCCGCCGGCGACGUCUGGUUCAAGGUCGGGAGCAUCUCCGCCGUGCCGCCCCUGGGGUCUACCGAGGCGACUUGGCCCGCUUAUAACAAGAAAAUCGUCGAGGUGACGAUCCCCGCCGCCGUCCCCAGCGGCAAGUACCUCGUGCGCGUCGAGUCCAUCGCCCUGCACCAGGCGCAGGCCGCGGGCGGCGCGCAGAUGUACCUCUCGUGCGCGCAGGUCGAGGUGACCGGUGGCGGAAACGGUACCCCGGGGCCUCUUGUCGCGUUCCCGGGGGCUUAUUCCCCGAAUGACCCGGGCUUGAUCUGGUCGUAUUACCCCGUGCCUACUACUUAUACUGCGCCGGGUCCGGCGGUUUGGCAGGGAUGA